AUGGAGGAUAGUAUGAGUCGUUUGCUUAUGCAAUCAACUUUAAUGGGGACUAUCGUUACAACAAUUGGUAAUCAUUUGUCGAAACUACAAUCUAAUUCACGUUUGCUUGAAAAGUUGCUAUGUUUUCUGUUCAAAAAUAAUAAUUUGGAAAGUGCUCAAAAUGUAUCGGUCACGGAAUUAUUAAACCAAAAGUUCACUGUUGAUUCAGUUCAAAGUGCUGGUGAAUUGUAUGUCUCACAAAAAAGCAGUGACCUAGCAAAAUGGCUAGAGUUAAUUGUCAUCCGUAGUCUUGAACGGCUUGAAUCCACAAAACGUGAAUCGGUGUGUUACAAGAGGACUAGCACUACUGUUCCACUUGAUAAGCAACUGUCUCAUAUAAGAAGUUUUCUUGAAAUCAGCAGGAAAAGAAAAUAUCUGUUUAAUCUUUCUUCUGAGCUUCAAAACUUAAAACGCAUUCAACUACAAAAAUGUAAUGUGUCAAGAGAUUUUUUAAAUGCUGAACUUCAAUUAUUAACGCUACAGACAAAGGUCCACUACAUGAAGCACCGUAUCGGGAAGUUAAAGUUGGACGUAGAAUGUAACAAAACAAACCUUUUUGAAUAUGAAUCACUAGGCACAAAAAUAGUGAAUAUUGAAAGUCUUUUGAGAAAGAAACGGGAAACGAUUCGCCGUUUGCAUGAAGAAAAUGAAAAGCUGUUAGAUAACCUCCCUUUAUUAUGUCGUGAGCUCAAUAAUUAUCAGGAAAUCGUAACACCUCAAGGAAGGCGUCGGCAUGGUAAUACUUACGUCGACACUCUACAUGCUGACAGUCUAUACAUAAAUUGCUGUAAUUUAUAUUCUCUUGAUCCUAAUCUUAAGAUUCCAGAUGUCCUGCUGAAAUGUAUUCUAACACAAAUCAAAGAAGGCUGGCUAGCUGAGAAUAGUUUAAAAUUGUUACACUAUCUUUUGAUGAAUUUAAACAAAGAAAUUCUCAUUAGUGAAAAACUGCAAAACUACGACGUGACGUUUAAGGCUAAAGAGCUAAAACAUUUACUUCCUUGUGUUACAAAUUUGGAAGAAUUAUCGAAAGAAAUAAAACAGCGCAUGUCAGUAUGCAAUGAAUUACUGUCCGACUGGAGAGAAAUACCGAUUCGUCGAAUGUUGCUAUAAACAAGUUCCCUAUUGCACAGUUUUGUUGAUAGAAUGUGAUUGUAACAUAUGAACGUUUUUCGAUGUAAAUAUAAUAUUGUUUUCUGUGUUACCUUUAGUGACGAUAUACAGCACACAUCAAUAAUACCUAAAUAUUUAGAUGAACUCGUUGCCAUAGUUCCAGACAAAAGCCUGAAAAAGUAUUUUCACGAAUUAUUUUUUUGCACGCAAAAUUCUAUUGAAUCACGAGUCUCCGACUUCUGAAGCAAAAACCAUUUUGUGAAACUAUGUCAUUUUCCAAUAUCCUUACAUGAAUCAACACUUCUGGGACUCCCAAUUAUCUUGUUCCGUGUUCGUGCUCAUAAAAUUACCUCGGACAGAUUGAAGGCGCGAAAGAAUUCACAAGUUCUCUGUUCUGAUUACUUAUCGACUCAGGCUUUCUACUCUUUAGCUUGUUACUUCACAUCUGGAUCAGAUCCUCCUUGAUUACUAAUGAUGCUACCCAGAUACAUGAAGACUUGCACCUAUUUCACAACUUCCCCAUCAAGUGUGAUUUGGUUGGUGCUGUCUACCUUAUACUUCUGAAUUUCGCUUUUCGUUUGUAAACACUGCCGCGUAAUUCUGCUGAAACCACCGCUAUAGUGGCUGUAUUCGUGUGCAUUAGUUGUUGCAUAUACAAUAGGGAGGUUAACUCAUUUUUAAUGUACGAAUCAU